AUGAACCACAUGAACGAAUACGAAAUGCUGGAAUUCGUUGAUUUUACUCUUCAAUACAAGAUAGAUCAUCCUGAAUCUAACGUACGCGAAAUAACCCAAAAGUACAAUGAGUCAAAGCAAGCCAAUGGCACUGGCAAGUCAAAAUUAUUACGAGAAUUAGCAGUUGAAAAAGACGUCUUUGUGGUGUAUAUUUAUUUGCGUGAUUCAAUAACGAUGGGCUACCCAAAGCGUUCCACCAUUGCUGAUAUAAUCGCUGAAAAGAGUUUUUCAAAAGCUCACUAUUUUAUCUUCUUAUUGGCUUUGUUUGGUAUGUGUUCAGAAUUCUUGGAUCAGCAACUUCGUGAAAAUGCGAAAAAGACAUGUGAUCGUGUGAUGGAGCAGAUGAAAUUGCAAGAGAUCUCGACUGAUGUUGUAGAAAAGAUAGCAAAUCACUAUAAAAACCUUAUGGUUACUUUGAAAAAAUUGAGCAACACCUCUCCAUUUAAGAUGUUAGUCUUUGACGAAGCUGGUGCAUUGAUUGAUAGCAACAACACUUUUAAUGACAAGGGUGAUUUCUAUCACUUACGAAAGGCACUACAGGCUAUUUCACGUGAAAGUUUUAUGGCACUUUUCACAGACACUCUCAAAAGUUUCAAAUUUCUCUUCUGGAAAAUGCCACGACUCAUCCAGCAAACAGACAUUGAUGAAGCAACUGUCAUAGAAUUUGUCAUGGAGAAAAUUCUUUGCGAUAUGACGAAAGCUAGGUACAUAUAUGAGAAAAGAGUCAAUUCAUAUACAUUCAUCGAGACGGUGACAGAAGCACUAGUAAUUCUUGGUCCACGACUUUAUUUGAAAAUUUCAAGUCUUUUACAGCAAGCCUCCAAGUUAGUUAGUAAUCAUAUGAGGAUUUUGCGUCAUGUUGAUGAUGAACGGGAAUUACUUAUCACUAUAUCUCCAAGUGAAUUCAUGUUAGCCGAGGCUGCGAGUCAUACCAUGAAUUGUCCUGGAAUAUUUGAAUCACCUAGUUAA